UUGUCCUGAACGGCCACAUAUAAGGAGCCAGACGGACAUUCGGGAGUGUUGCAGCGCCCUGUAGUCGGUAUCUAGACGUAGGACACCAUGUCGGACAUCGUUGAGCUCAAGAGGCUAGUAAAGCAGUUGCAAAGUCCAUCUACUGCCCAGGAGCUACUUGGUAUCCUUACACUCCUCAAGAAGAAUUGGGAAGUAAACGAAACAAUACUAAGGGAAAGUAAAGCGGGCCUGGCGGUUGGCAAAUUACGAACGCAUUCGAACAAGGAGGUCUCCCAGGCGGCGAAGGACCUGGUGAAGAAGUGGAAGAACGACGUCGAGCGCCUGAAAGCCACCAAAUCCCCGGCGCCUAAAGCAGCUCCGCCGACGAAAGCCGCACCCCCACCUGCUCCCGCGCCAGCGAAGCCGUCAACCGUUGCCAGAACAGCCGACACCGACAAAGUCACGCUCAACUUCACUCCAGACAAGCUGCGAAAUGCGCUGAGCAAGCUGAUCUACAAUGCCCUUGCGUGCGACGCGACCUGCGACAGUAACACGAUCGCAGAGAAAGCACGAGAUGUCGAGGCUGCCGUGUACAACCAGAAUGGCUGCACGAACGAGGCGUACAAGACCAAGCUCCGCACCCUCACUGCCAAUCUGAAGGCGAAGAGCAACCCGGGACUGCGUGCACGCGUACUGAAGGGGGAGCUCGAGCCAGCUCGGCUUGCCACGAUGUCCGUUGCAGAUAUGGCGUCGGAGGAGCGCAAGGCCGCCGAUAGCAAGAUCCGCGAGCAGACCAUCCACGAGUCGCUGGGUGCUGCUGAGCAGGAGGCCGAGACGGACGCCUUCCAGUGUGGCAGGUGCAAGCAGAGGAAAUGCCGCUACCGCCAGGCGCAGACGCGCAGCGCUGAUGAACCGAUGACCACCUUCGUAACCUGCACUGUAUGCAACAACCGUUGGAAGUUCUCGUAGAGCGCCCAGCAAUUUUUGCAAGCAACAAUAUAUGUAUCAAGCAAUCGUCGCCCUUGCUGGCGGUGCAACUUCAUUUUCUUGCAGGCUGCAUAGAUCCGUCUUUACAUCUUCUUGUUGAGGUAAACGGACGUGAUAUGCUACGCCUUAUGCCACCCUGUACACUGCUGUCCUAUCCUAAUACCCGAACCUGUACUUACUGCCUUGCCGUUGCCCUGCCCAUGACGCUCUGACAUUCUGAGUAAUCUUGAUGUUCUUGACUGUUUCCUAUCGCUA